AUGGAUGCUGCUCAAGAUCUUGAUAUCAUUGUCUUGUACAACUCAAUACGUGAGAAUCCACAAUACUUGGAAGUCCCCAAUGAGAUGCCAUUUGCAGAAACACCUCUCCAUAUAGCUGCUUCAGAAGGCCGUACCACCCUUGCUCUUGAAAUCUUGAGACUGAAGCCGACACUGGGGAACAAAUUGAAUCUUGAUGGUAAUACCCCUUUGGACCUGGCCUUGCGUAAUAGACACACCACCACUGUGAAGCGACUAGUCAGAAAGGAUCCGGACCUCAUUCGUGUCCCAGGGAGGGGAGGAAUCACUCCUUUGCAUUAUGCAGCAGAAACAGAUGAAAAUAUUGAUCUUUUGAUUAGAUUUCUUCUCUUAUGCCCGUCUUCAAUCAUGGACUUGACGAAUCGAGAUGAAACUGCAGUGCAUAUUGCCGUCCAAAAUCAAAACUUAAGAGGUUUUAAGGUUCUACUUGGUUGGCUUCGUAGAAGUGACAACACAAAAGUUUUGAGCUUUAGAGAUGAGGACGGCAACACGGUGCUGCAUCUUGCAGCAUUAACAAACCAGCUGCAGGUUAUGAAGUUAUUAGUUGGAAUGGUAGAUGUGAAUGCCAAGAACGGAGAAGAUAAUACAGCCUUGGAUAUCGUAGAGGACCUAGACCCACAGUGUCAAAAUGUAGAUGCAAGGGAAAUUUUAAGGCGCGCACGAGCUAAACACGGUACAUCACCUGGCAAGGAUGCUACCAGCACCACCAGGAUGACUUGUGAAGAUUAUUUGAGUUCAGGGGGAACGCUGAUGGAAACGUUAUUCAAAGUGGGUGCUUACAUGCAAUUCAGUUUGUCAGGGGAUAUGCGAAAUUCUGUCCUAGUAGUAGCUGUGCUGAUUGCGACUGCUACAUAUGAAGCUGAUCCAACUCACUCUUCUACUGUGAUCAAUGCAACUAGCAGUAGCACCAUCCAGUGGAAUGAACAUCCAGUGAUUGCAGUGUUGAACACAUUGGCCUUUGGUAUGGCAAUUGGAACGUGUGUUCUACUCACAUUUAAUCCGCUCUUUUUAUUUCUCUACUUUCCUCUCGGCAUCUUCUCGUUCAGCUAUGCAGCUACAGGGUAUGACGGACUAUCAUCACUUGGUGCUGUAAUUAUCUUCAUUCCAUUGAUAGUGUCAAUCGGACUGCCAGUGAUGAUGAUAGUUCCUUGGAAUAUUGUACGACGACAUAAAUGGGAAAUUGAAAAUCAGACAUCAUCUGAAUACAGCCUUGAUGAGGUGAAAUAUCGUGUAUUUACCAGUAAAUAUGCAUCAAGGAAACUGCAAUAG